ACAUAUGCUGCGCAGGAUCGUCACUUCCGGGUGGCCGGGCAGCGUUGCUGAUUCACACGCAGAAGGGAAACAACGCUCUGUAUUUAUAAAUGAUAAACAUGUCACUGUUAUAGACUGUGGUAACUCAGCGACAGUAUUUUCUGGCAGGUUACCAUGGUACCUACAGACUUUAAAGCCCUGAUCCAGAGGUUUUAUUACCUUCAGUCUGAGCGGGUAGAGACGUAUCGGCUCUUUGAAGAAGGACAUGAGGCCUACUUGAGGACAGGGCCCCAUUAUGACUUCGACCACUACAGACAGCUGGUCCAUGAAAUAACUCAGGCCUUCUGUGGCAUCUCCAAGGAAGUGCUGGAGAUCAAGGGGAGGCUUCACCAUGAGUUUGACAGGCCAGACCUUUCAGAGCACAUUGAAAAGCUGCAGAACAAAGAGAAGCAGAAACUGGAACUGACAGCCAAGCUGCAGCUGGUCAGGCAGCGGGCCCAGGAUCACCCGGAGGACGAAGGCUGUCAAGAAAAGAUUCAGGAGAUCAAGCACGAGAUCAUCAAGAACAAAGAGGCUCUGAGUGAGAUCAUGCAGGACUUUAAGUAUGACUCAGAGGAGUGUGAUUGACAGGUGACUCCCAGGAGGCCUGCUGCCACCCUCUCACAUCACCAGACUCAGCUCUGCUGCAACUUCCAUCUUGGACUCUUCAGCUGCACUUAUCGAUCCCCCUCUGGCCCCGCCCUGCUCGCUGCUGCAGUCUUUUUCCACCCAGGAAGCUUUUCAUAUUCUGGCUCUGUGUAUGUGUGUUUCUGUAGUCAUGCGUUUGUGUCAAUGCAUGCCUCAGCAAAAAAAACAAAAAAAAUGUUUAUGUUGUGAUGAAAUGUGCAAAUACUUCUACUUAAAUAGUUCUUGGAGGCUCAUCCAGCUAUCUUUGUUUACUUGAUGAAUUGUAUUUUUAAAUAAUGAAAGACACUUUCAAAGACAAGUUUGACUUUUUACUGUUCUAUACAUUAUACACAGUAUUUUUCAGAGGCAUUAUUGGUGCGGUAAAAGAAUAUAAGUUAGACAAAAAACAUUCUUUAAAUAUGCAGUUAUAAAAAUAUAAACAGUAUGAAAAGGUCUUCAAACAAAUAGUCUACUCAGACACAGGACAGUAUAUACAUUUUACAGAUAGUGAGGCCUUAUUUCAUGGGGAUUCAGUUACUCAUACAACCAGCCUAUCUGAAUUUAACUAUGUGUCAUACAACAUUUUAGAUAGCUCACUACUUGAUGUCUGAUUAUUGUGUUUGAACAGCUCAAUGAUUUCACAAAUUUAGUUUUCACUGAACUAGAGCUGAAAUAACUAAUCGAUAAGUUGAUCGACUGAAAAUGAUUCGCCAGAUGUUUUGAUAAUUAGUUGGGGGGUUCUUUGUUGCAAAAUGCCAAACAUUCAUUGGUUCCAGUUUCUCAAUUGUGAGUAUAUUCUGUUUUCCUUGAUUUAUAAUUAUUGUAUUUUGCAUAUCUUUGGGUUUUGGACAGUUGGUCAGACAAAAAAAAAAACAAACAUUCAAAGAUGUUAUUGGCCUUUAGGAAACUGGUAUUUUUCACUUUUAUUUUAUAGACAACGAUUAAUUGAUUAAUUGAGAAGCUGAUCAGCAGAUUAAUUCAUAAUGAAAAUAAUUGUUAAUUUAAGCCCUACCCUGAACUAGUUAUUUCCAACAGUAAUAGAUGUAGAGGUAUUGAUAUACCAUCCUAAAGGCCAUAACAAUGUAAUAUUACAUAUUCAGAUUUGCUUGGAGAAAACAACAGCUUUACAAAAAUAAUUUGCAAACGUUUCUUGACCUGGAAAAGUAGGAUUAAGAUUGUUUUGUACAUUUUGUUCCUGUUUGUCUCAUGUUACUGUCAUUACAAUUCUGUUUUUGUUUUUUAGAUGCUUCAGUAAUGCUUUAGUUCCAUUUGGCAUCAAAGUAGCAUUAAAGACUUGCUUAUCUCACAUUAAGUUAUUAAAAAGCCUAAAUUGUUA